AUGUUGCCAUGUGAGCCGAGCGCCGAUUAUCAGUCAAUUAUUGAGAUCACGCGAUAUUCGACGAUAUUCGCGAUUCCCGUAUUCGGCGUUUCAUCGUAUUUGCUGUUCUAUCGGUCCAGCACUCACUGGAAGCCUGGACGAAUUCAUUAUGCCAGGUUCAUGGGAAUUAAUUUUGCCAGUAUGGUUUUACUCGCCAGCGGCACAUGCCCAAUUCUAUAUUUGGACAUUUCGGGACUUCAAGUUUCUGGAAUUCUACGGCAUUUCCUCAAUGAGGAAUACUCAUAUGCGGUUAUUAUUAAUAUUAUAUCAUUUUUGUUUGUUUCGUUCGCUCUUUUGCAAGUCAUCGAGUCAAAAUGCGAUCUGAUUCAGAAGCUUUUCGACGAAACCGAUCUGAAACCUCAACAAGUCCUCAAAAUCGUUCGCAAGAUCGUUUAUGCCAAUUUGAUGGCCGCCUGCUUCACGAUUCUUCUAAUACGCGAAUUUUCCGAAGAGCAGGACGACAUAAAACAGCGGCUUGAGCAGCAGAUCGUCAUCUUCCUCGCCUUCAUCGUCACCCCACUCUUCGUGUUUCUCGCUCUUCGAAAUGAGAUGGGUAUCACCGCUCUUUAA